CGGCAAUCUAGAGAUAUGAACAUCAUUUGGAAGCUUCCAGCCAACGGUCGUGGUCGGUAUCCCUUGCAUCGUGGCCAUGAGCUCGGAUCGCUGGACCUGCAUUAGGGUGUUGGAGACAGGAGGGCGCAAUUUCCCAAACAAUUCCCCGGCCGACGUCGAUCAACCACUAUCUCAUUUAUAAACCACGGCCUUGCUCGACCUUCACUGCUCUCUUCGUUCUCACCAUCCAACUCACAUUACAAUAAUCAGACUUCGGUCGUUACACUCUUUAACCAAACCAACUAUCACUACAUUCUUUAAUAACCAACUCACCACCUUUUUUCCAACCACCCCGACUUUUUAACCAAACCCACCAACAUCAAUCAAAAUGCGUUUCGCUGUUGUCGCCUCUGCUCUUUUCGCCGGCCUCGUUGCUGCUGCCCCUGCCAUCACUGAGACCGUCCACUCCACCGCUGUUGAGACCAUCACCUCCUGCGGCCCUGAGGUCACAAACUGCCCGGCCCGCUCAGCAUCUGCCGCUACCUCGGCUCCCGUUGUUCCUACUUCGGCUCCCGUCGUUGCUGCUGUCCAGAACACCACUGCCCCUGCUGCCGGUCCUUCGACCGUCACCCUCUACUCCACCCAGGCUGUUACCAUCACCUCCUGCGGUCCUGAAGUUACAAACUGCCCCGCUAGAGUCAGCUCUUCUUUGAUCCCUACUGGCUACACCACCGUCCCCGUUGCCGUCCAGGUCCCCAGCUCUGCUCCCUUCGCCAUGGUCAACUCCACCAUGACCGCUCCCCAGGGCACUGCUGCCUCCACUGGAUUCGGUGCUUCCGCCACCCAGUCCAUGCCCUCCUCUUACACCGGUGCUGCUGGCAAGCUUAACGCUGGCAUCGCCCUUGCCGGUGUUGCUGGUUUCGCUGCUCUCCUCAUCUAAGCGAAUUCACUUUCAGCUUUUGAUGUAUUUUUAGCGCACGCAAUGAUUCCCACUUCAUCUUAGAGAUACGGCUUUCUUCUUUCUUAUCUGCAUAUGGGGGAACAUACGACUCGGCUUCACGGCAUCGAGCGAUUCUCUCUGGUUUUCUCCUUUGUCACAGCUUUUUGAGGAUCCGAUGUUUUUUUGCACACAGCAAGCACAUAAUCAGGGCUGCGACACUCCUGUAUACUUCGCAUUGAAGGUUGUUUGGGGG